UGGUGCCAAGGAAGAAGUCCAAUUCUGAAUCCUAGCCCACCCCACUGAGAUGGGAGCAGAACAUUUUCUCAUUUUCAUUUUUGCAGCAGGGGCUGUACAGGGUGCCAAGGAAUCUCUGGAAAUUAUUCCUAUAAAUGGGAAUGUGGAAUUGAAUACACAGGCAUAUUUUUUAUGCAAAGUGAGAGGAGGUGGAGGAGUCCAAGUGUCUCUGACUUGGAUUGAUCCCGAAGGGAAUGAAAUUGAAGAGGAUUCCAAGCCCUACUGGGUGAAGGUGAUUGAUGAAACAUCCAAGGGGCUGGAGAUGACUCUCACUAGCCCAGAUCAGGGUGGGAAUUUCAAGUGCGUUGGAGAAUUUGACUUUGAAAAAACUGUUACGAAUCAAAUUGAAAUCCACGUGAUCCAGAGACCUACAUUUGUGAACACAAUGGAUCUUGUGAAGGAAGUUCAUGAGGGCCAAAAUGUAGAAUUCAGCUGUCUGGUCAAAGGAAUACCAACGCCAACUAUUAGAUGGAUUUUUGGAAACCAGGACAUCAGAAAUAUUAAGGAAAGGCAACUAUUUGUUGAAAAUGGGAAGCUUCUGAUAGAGAAUACCCAAUCAUCCGAUGCUGGUAUUUACAUUUGUGAGGCAACCAUUGAAGAACGCAAUGAAGUAGCUUUUGCAAAUUUUACACUCAACAUUAAAUUUGCUCCUAAAAUAGAGCUCCUUACAAGUGUACCUUUGGUCACUCAGACUGGGAAUCCCAUUCAAGUCAACUUCACCAUCCUGGCUAACCCCUCACCUUCUGUCUCCAUUGCUUGGAAGGAGAAGAUUUUUGAAGAUGAUGCCAUCAAAAUGAUAGCGCAGAACCAAAAUAGAUAUUUGUUCCUCUUUGAGAUUACACCAACUUCGCAAGAGGACAUUCCAGAACUCGUUAUAACUGCUGCUAAUGAAGUGGGCACCACCAAGAAGAACGUUCCGUUGGAAAAAGAUGGAGGCUUGGGAUGGGGCAGCAUUUUAGCAAUUGUGUUGGCAAUACUGGUGCUCCUCUUGCUGAUAGAUGCCUUGUGUUAUUACAAGCGCCGGUGUGGCUUCUUGAUGUUCUGCAAAAAGAAUAUUCUGUGUAAAAGGUCUACAACAGGAGUUGAGAACAAUGGGAAAAUUCUCUCAAAAUCAGGAAAAAGCCCUGUAGUCAACAUCUCUGGUUCAGAAGCCUGAUUGGACCGUAGCAAUGAGAUCAGAUGAUGAAAUAUUGACUUUCUGCAACCAUGUUUGGAUACACUGGGCAAAGAAAAAGGAGUUUCUCCUCUUUAUUAUACCUUUCACUAUUCUUCUACUCUUAUUAUCACCUUUAAUGGACCUGUUGCUCUAAAAUUAGUGGCAGGUAACAUCCAUGAUGGGCUGAAAUCCUGUGCCCACAAUUUGGAGUUAUCCUUUCUUUUAUAGAUAGGACCAAAAUACAUCAUUACAUCGACACAACAUUAUAUCAAUGCAUUACAUCCAGAACAUUUUUGCUUUUCAGCUUAUGGUUUUUUUUAAAAAAAGUUUACUUUUAACAUAUAGGAGGGGGGAGUUAUGAUACUUUGUUACCCCACUAUGUAUUUAUUGGUGUAGCCAAACUUGUGGUCACAUUGUUAAUACACAAUGUGUACAAACAAUGUGGCACUAACUUUUUUUUUUAUUGAUGUAGCCUUUUUCCAAGUCAGAGUUUUUGAAUGGCAUUGAAGUAAUUCAUAACAGAGCAAAUAAAAUAGUUAUUUCCAAUUAAACCACAA